UCAACAGCUGUCAUUUUACAAAAUAUUAGCUUUUGCGGUUUGCCAUCUUGGAUUUUAUUUUUAUUCGCAGACUGAGUUUGUUUGUAGUGUCUUGUGUUCCUGUAAAAUGUUCAAUCUUAUUUGUACAGAAACUCUUAAAACUAUGCCUUCACCAACUCUCUGUUUGAAGUCAAGCGCUUCUCAAAGGGUGUCUUGAGUGUUGCAUUAGUUAUUGUUUUAGUUUAAUAUUAUAUAUUUUAUUAUCAUUAUAUUUCUUAUUAUAUCUGCUACAUGUCACACUUAAAUCAGUGUUAUCAGCACUGCUCAAGAUAAAACACACCUAGACUUAUAUUUUUUGUGUACUAUCAGUUGAUUUCUUGCUUUAUACACUAAGGCAUUCUUUAUAAAUAUUUUUAUAUUUUCAUUUGUUAUUUAAAAUCAUUUUUUGCAACAAUGGCUUCAAGUGACCCAGAGAUACGGGAUGGAUUUACUCUUCCUGUGUGGAUGAAAACAAAACCUGUCAAAGAAUUUGAACCAUUUUCCACAUCGCCGCCAGCGCCAGAGGAUUCAUUCUACAUUCGCUACCCAAAACCGGACGUUCUGUUUGGAAAGCCAAAGAUUGAUAAUGAAUUACCGAAGAUUAGCAAUGAACAGCAGAGCGAAUUGACGGCCGCGUUCAACAGUAUUAAGGAGCGGGAUUGGUCCAAACACACGAAGCCCUGUCAAGAUGUGCUGCACGGCAUUGCUCCCAUCAACACUGCAGUUAAUCCGCUAAAUUCAAAGCCUAAACCGGCGGGCACGGACGAUGGUUUCAAAGGCGAGGGAGCGGCCUGUGGCAAUUCUGUACUCAAGGUGGCAAAUCAGAUAGUAUCGACUCGUUCGCCCCGCGGCUUCACGGUAGCGUCGCCAACGGAGGACUCGGACGCGCCAAGUGUUGGUCCAAGUUCUGAUGGCCGAUACAACCUGAUGGCGCGACGUGGCAGUAGGAGCUUGCCCACUACGCCACUACACUCACCGCCAUCCAGCCCGAAUAGCAGACGCAAGAUGUAUAAUAAUCGUUAUUUCACAUCACCUUUCGAGCCCUCCGAAGACUCGCACGGCCGCUCCUGGCUCACAAUGGCUUUGCUCGGCUUCAAGAAGGACUUGACUACAUCCACGUCCACUCUUGCUGAAGAAGAAAUAAUUGAGAAUAGAUUACAGAGCGGCAGUCUUGCAGAAUCCGUCGAAAAUCUCGGUCCGUCUCCCAAAAUGAAAGAUCCAAAAUUGAUCACAAGCGAUUCACCAAACCAAGCCAAGAAACCGCCAGCCUUCCGACCGAAACCUUCGGAACUACGCGAAAUGAACUUUUGGUCACCAACUUCUAUGUAACAAUAAAAUCUAUAUAAAACUAAUACAAUUGACAAUUUUCGCUUUGAGUGUAUAUCUUCUCUAUAAUGUAGAAUAGUUAUGCAGCUUUUACGACGAACAAAAUAUGUAAUAGUUUCGUAGUACUAACGUUUAAAUUAAGCACGUUUUAUUCACAUAUCGUAGAAACGAUUUGUUAGAAUGAAAAGAAGUGACAGUCAACAUUUUUAUUUUAGCAUCGUAGAAUUCAGGUCUGUUUAAAUUAACUUAAUUUCGGAAAGAAAAAUUGUGGAGUAUUGCAUUUUUAUUAUCAGUAUUUGGAUUAUUCAAUACACAACGAAUGGAUAAUCUUUUGAAAUUAUAAUAUAGAGCACUGGAAGAAGGUAGGUUUGAUGGACACGAGAACCGUAUUAUUAGUGUUUUUUAUAAAAAAAAAAAAAAUAUGUAAUAAAUUCUUCUUUAUUACAGUUUUGACGGGAAUUAGUUGUUCCAACAUGCUAUUCCAUUAUAUGUAAGGUUCAUUUCAUUCGCUAUGUUAUUAUUAACAGUAAGUAUGUCAUCAUUUCAUUUAGAUUACGUUUUAUUCGCGUUUUAGGUUUGUCUACUUAUGUAUAGCUAGCGUUUGUUAUCCCUUUCAAUAUAAUACAAAAUAUUUAGUUGGUAGUCUGCACCAUUUUACAUAAUAAUAAUAAUCUGUAAUGUCUGUGAUCAAUUUGAAGGGUAUAUUUUUUUAUUUCAAGAGCAGAUGGAUAUUAUAUUUAUUAAUUAUUUCAUAUUUAUUGUUUCAAUGUCGACCACGAGAUGUAGAAAAUAAAGUCUGUUUUAGAAUUGACGAGGAAUGUAAAGGUGUUUAUGGAUAUGACAAUCUCAAUAAAAAAACCGCCUGUUUAACGAAUUUUAUUAACACCUUUGCGAUGGGAGCUUGGAAAUGGUUUUAUUUUAUUACCGUAUUAUUAAUAUUUUUUUUUGUAUACGUUUAAUGCAAUUUUAAUGAACUAUGUGUGUGUUAUCAUGAGCAGUUAGGAUAGUUGAGAAAUAAUAAGAAAUGUAUGUUUAAGCAAAUAAACUUCUCUCUAUUGAAA